CCGGCUUCCUGUCUCGUAAUGGAAACUCGUGAUCCCAGACUUGAUCCCGCUGGAUGGUGCUGGAGUUUGGUGAGGGGGAGACUUUCUCGAACUCUUCUGCCCCCAAAACAGGUCUGUGGGAAACUCAGACCUCGGCCAGACCUCCCUCGGGCCCCAGCUGGAUCCAGCCCUCAACCGCCCCCGGCCCACCGAGCAGGGCAGUGUGUGCUGUACCGGAGCGGUUUCUCAAGGAUGUUGGGGAGUGCGAGGGGUUCCCUUCCCACAGCCACAAACGCAUUUCUCAAAAUGGAGCCUCCACUUGCCCCUCCUUUUCUCUCAGGCUCCAAGAGCGGGAGCCGGGCUGGCUGGGCCUGGCUUUCCAGGCGCCUGGCUUUGGCUCCGUGGGUGUCUGGCUCUCAGGGCCCAACUCAGCGUCUCUUCUCGGUUUAGGGGCCCCUGGCUUCGCAGGGACCCCGGCUCACUGGGUCCGCCUGACCCUGGAGCCGCUCUUCGUCUUUGUCUCUUGUCUUUUGGGUCCCUGUCUGAAUCUCUGUCUCCUCCCCUCAGUUUCCACUUUCUCUGUGUUCACUGAAGUGGGGAAACACACCGAGAUGCCAGCCCUCUUGGCCCCUUAGGGGAAGCCCCUUCCCCACGGUUUCCUGCAUGCCCUGGAUGGUCUGGGAGAGGGCAGAGGAGAGGGUGUUCUUUCGCCUUUGCUCAGGACUGGCACUUGUGGGGUGGACUCAGACCCCACCCCUGCUCAGAGGGCACCAGUCACCCCCACCCCUGGCUCCCAGCUCCUCCUCCCUCAGUGUGGACACCUUCCUCCAGAUCUUUUGACUUGAGUGGGGAGGUGGGGGAGGGUGGACUUAACGGAACACCAGCAAGAAUGAAGGAGAGCAGAUCAAGCAAAGAAUAAUGUCUCUCCUCUCCACACACUCCAGUGAGUGACAAAAACCAGGCUCCCACUCACCCAUUUGGCCCUGCGUGCCACCCAGACUCUCACCCUCUCACAUGCACACACAACCCUCUGUACACACUUGUGCACUAUUUCCUGUUCACACACUUGUGUAGGAUACAUAAACUCAUGUAUAUAUGAAUGGACAUCAAACCAUUCUCUGACAUAGUCACACUCAUACAUCACAGAUUCACUAAUGUAUGCAUUUAUAAUUUUCACGUACUUUCUGAGAGAGUUGCACAGAUUUUUGUAAGGUAUGCCCAUAUGAGUUCAUAUAUAUAUAUACAUGUAUAUAUCUGAAUGUAUUGAUACAUCUGUCCAAACAUACAUGCAUACACUCAUGUUUUCACACACAGUGCUCAUGUUCAUGUUCUUGUGCAGUUUCACACGCACAAAUAAGUAAAGUGCAUACACUCCUACUCCUACGCAGUUCUCUGUCCACUUCUUGGCCCCCGCUCUGCAUGAUGACUUCAGCAGAUGCCUGAGUCCUGGUCUUCAGCCUCAGGACUGGGGAGGGAGUUCCGGGUGGAGGCUUGCUAUCCCCUUCCAGGAAGGAGCAGGGCCUGGGGAGGUGGAGCCCUCUUCCCUGGAGCAGCUGCCAGAGGUGAUGGUAGAGCCUCUAUCCUCAUCCCUUUGGAGUUACUCUGGGGAAUGUCGAAAGCUAAAAGGUUUCAUAGAGGUUGGCAGUGGGCCUGUGGAGGCUUCUUUAGGCCUGACUGACUGGGUGCGGUGAGGCUAGGAAUUGUCAUGGAAAUAGGCAUGAGCCUGCACCCACCUCUGGGAAGCAGGAGACCCCAGAGGGCACCUGUGGGCUCCCUAAGAGCUCUGGUUCUUGUUUGACCAGCUCCACCCUUGCCGCCUCUCUGUCUGGGAGAAACUGAGGCCCAGCUACAUGAGGCUGGGCACUGCCUGGCCUUAGCUCUUUGUUCCCUAAUUACCAUUUGAGUUGCUGACUGCACCCCUGAGUUUGCCGAGACUGCAUCUAAUGAGUCCACCUUUCCCAGGGGGCCAGGGACCAGUGCCAGGAGCUGGUACAGAGGGCUCCCUCCAUGAUUCCUGGCCUCUGUGGGACCCCCAUUCCCUCAUCAUCCCUGCUUGAUAGAUUCAGUCCUCACCCCUAUUCAGCCCAGAAUUGGGCAGUGGUCUGGGGCCAGGGAGGAUGGAGGUUCUUGCCAAGAUGCAAGAGGGGAUAUGUUAGAGGGAGGAGAUCAGUGCUUUUCACUGAUUUCGGGUGGACUGUUUGACCUGAGACUAAGGACCAGGAGGGACUCAGGACUUUAUCCAGGGAGGGAGCUCAAGGUGGAGAGACUCUGAUGCCACUUCUCUGCUCACAGGUUUCCCUGGAGGCCCUUGGCCAGGCCUGAGCCUCUGCUGCCAUGGCCAUUGUGCAGACACUGCCAGUGCCACUGGAGCCCGCUCCUGAGGCCGCUACUGCCCCACAAGCACCAGCCAUGGGCAGCGUGAGCAGCCUCAUCUCAGGCCGGCCCUGCCCUGGGGGGCCGGCUCCUCCUCGCCACCAUGGUCCCCCUGGACCCACCUUCUUCCGCCAGCAGGAUGGGCUGUUGCGGGGCGGCUACGAGGCACAGGAGCCACUGUGCCCAGCUGUGCCCCCCAGGAAGGCUGUCCCUGGUACCAACUUUACCUACGUCAAUGAGGACUUCCGGACAGAGUCACCCCCCAGCCCAAGCAGUGACCUUGAAGAUGCCCGAGAGCAGCGGGCGCGCAAUGCCCACCUCCGUGGUCCCCCACCAAAGCUCAUUCCUGUCUCUGGAAAACUAGAGAAGAACAUGGAGAAAAUUGUGAUCCGCCCAACAGCCUUCAAGCCAGUGCUGCCCAAACCUCGAGGGGUACCAUCCCUACCUAGCUUCCUGGGUCCUCGGGCCACCGGACCGUCGGGGAGCCAAGGCAGCCUAACGCAGCUGUUCGGGGGCCCGGCCUCCUCCUCCUCUUCCUCCUCCUCCUCGGCUGCCGACAAACCCCUGAUACUGAGUGGCUGGGCCAGCGGCUGCCCAUCGGGGACUCUGUCUGACUCCGGCCGAAACUCAUUGUCCAGCUUGCCCACUUACAGCACCGGGGGUGCCGAGCCGGCUACCAACUCCCCAGGCGGGCACCUGCCCUCCCACGGCCCUGGGCGGGGUGCCCUGCCGGGGCCAGCCCGAGGAGCCCCCACCGGGCCUUCCCACUCAGACAGUGGCCGUUCUUCCUCCAGCAAGAGCACAGGCUCCCUGGGGGGUCGCAUGGCUGGGGGGCUCUUGGGCAGCGGUCCCCGGGCCUCCCCUGACAGCAGCUCUUGUGGGGAACGCUCCCCACCACCGCCCCCGCCCCCACCACCCCCUUCGGACGAGGCCCUGCUGCACUGUGUCCUGGAAGGAAAGCUCCGAGACCGGGAGACGGAGCUGCAGCAGCUGCGGGACAGUCUGGACGAGAGUGAGGUGUACGAGGAGCGGCAGCGGCACUGGCCCCGUGAGCGAGAGGCUCUGCGAGAGGAUGGCGUGGCCCAGGCCCAGCGGGCCCAGCGGGCCCAACAGCUGCUGCAGCUUCAGGUGUUCCAGCUGCAGCAGGAGAAGAGGCAGCUACAGGACGACUUUGCGCAGCUGCUGCAGGAACGCGAGCAGCUGGAGCGGCGCUGCGCCGCCUUCGAGCGGGAGCAACGGGAGCUCGGGCCACGGCUGGAGGAGACCAAGUGGGAGGUGUGCCAGAAGUCGGGUGAGAUCUCCCUGCUGAAGCAGCAACUGAAGGAAUCUCAGGCAGAGCUGGUACAGAAGGGCAGCGAGCUGGUGGCCCUGCGUGUGGCACUGCGGGAGGCCCGGGCAGCGCUUCGGGUCAGUGAGGGCCGGGCACGGGGCCUCCAGGAAGCAGCCCGAACACGGGAGCUGGAGCUGGAGGCCUGUUCCCAAGAGCUGCAGCGGCACCGUCAAGAGGCUGAGCGGCUGCGGGAGAAAGCUGGGCAGUUGGACAGUGAGGCCGCCGGACUCCGGGAACCCCCUGUGCCACCUGCCACUGCUGACCCAUUCCUCCUGGCAGAGAGUGAUGAGGCCAAGGCACAGCGGGCUGCCGCCGGGGUCGGGGGCAGCCUGCGGGCCCAGGUGGAGCGGCUCCGGGCGGAGCUACAGCGGGAGCGGCGGCGAGGUGAGGAGCAGCGGGACAGCUUUGAGGGGGAGCGGCUGGCCUGGCAGGCAGAGAAGGAGCAGGUGAUCCGCUACCAGAAGCAGCUGCAGCACAACUACAUCCAGAUGUACCGACGUAACCGGCAGCUGGAGCAGGAGCUGCAGCAGCUCAGUCUGGAGCUGGAGGCCCGGGAACUCGCAGACCUGGGCCUGGCAGAGCCAGCGCCCUGCAUCUGCCUGGAGGAGAUCACUGCCACUGAAAUCUAGGGCCUUAGCUCCCCCCUCUGCACGGAGGUCUACUGAAAGCAGGCAGUAGCCUCAGAUCCACCGAGGGUCCCAAAGUCUGAGGGCCCAAGGGCCGUUAGUCCCUGGGAUGCAGGCCUCUGGGCCUCUGCCAAGGACUCAGGGCUGCCCAAUGACUUGGAUCAGACUCCCUGAAGGUCCCCAUGUUCACUGUCACCCAAAGGCUCCUACUCACUCGACCUAUUUCAUUCACUCCCCAAAUACUGCCAUUGCUAUUUUGCCAACCCCACACCCUCCCAGCGCUCCCAGCCCACUCACCCAGGGGGCUCGGAAAAGGAAGGGGCUCCCUCAUCUCCACGUUCUCCCCACCAUCCCAAAGCUAGAGCGAGCCAUAUAGCGCCAGCUGCUCCAGAUGUGCCUGCCCCCAACCCUGCCCAUGUUGGGGAACAGGACUGGGACUGGGGUCUGAUCCCCAGGUCCCAGCUCUGCAACCCCUCUCCUGGGGAGAAGGGGCUGUAGUCAGACCAAAGGAAGAACUCAGAAAUGUUUAUUUGUGUUUGUGACCAAGUGGCCCCUCCCCAUAUCCAGGUUUUUGGCCUCGUUUUUCACUUGUAUAUUUUUCACAUUGUAAAUUUCUUGUACAAACCCAAAGAAAAAAAUUAAAAUGUUUGUUUU